GCCGGUAAAAACUUUCUAGUGUAGAUAUUUUUAAUCAGAACCCCGCAGCUGUUGGACGUGGUGGGGCGAACAAACGAACGCAAAACUGAAGGACCCAACGCAUUAACACGAGAAAGAAUAAACGUUAUUUUCUCUUUUUGCUACUUGACUUUGAAACUCUCCAACUGAAGAUACAGGGUGGAUUUUGCAUGCGGUGCGAAUCUUUGGAAGGAGUUACUGAGCCGUCUCACUUAGCCGUGUAGUCUUCAGAGAUGAAGGCCAAGAAGAAGAAGAGACAGGAUGACUUCCAGAAGGUCAAGCUGAAAGUGGGAAAGAAGAAGCCCAAAGCAGAUAAUGCCACCAACACAAACUUCCGCACCAAGGGAAUAAAUCUACCUGAACAGCUGAGGAGAGACACAAGCGGCCCCACCACACACAGACAUCUGGGAAUCAAUGAUCUUCUGUCUCAGCUUCAUCAUUACAAUGCCAAUGUGAAACACAGUGCCUUGUUGGGUUUGAGAGAGCUGCUGUCCACCAGCCCCUCUCUGUUAGAGCAGCAUCUGUCACGCAUGCUUUCUGAAGUGGCAGCUGUUUUCACAGACAAGGAUGGUAAUGUUCGGACGGCAGCUACACGUGUUCUCAGGUUUCUUGCACAGUCUGUUCCUGCAGAGCGCGUGGCCCCGUUUUUCCCCCUGCUCAGUGCUCACCUGUCUUGUGCCAUGACCCACAUUGAGGCAGGCAUCCAGGAGGAUGCCAUGAAUGUCCUCGAUGUGUUCCUGGAGCACUAUCCUGCCCUGCUCGCCGCACGGCCUGCAGUACUCCUCACAAACUUUCUGGAGCUGAUCUCUCACAGACAGGGCCGAGGUGGGUCCAAAAAGGCUCAGGAGGCCAAGGGGCGGACAUGGGCACUGUCGGUCAACCCUGACAGGAGCAUGACGAGUCAGCAGUGGAGGCUCUCUGUGCUCCUCAGGCUUGGACGCUUUCUUCAGGCAGUUGUUGAAGAAAGACCAGUCAAGGAAAGUGAUAUAUUUGCCUCAGGUGAAGGUGUCUUUGAUUCAAGUGGAAAUGGAAGACUAUCAACAAUAUAUCUCAACUGGGAAGAGGUUAUGUACAGCAAAGUUGGAGUUAGGUUAUAUGAAAAUUCUGGGGCCAAACCAACUCAACGUUCCACUUUCAAACUAAGAUCUGAGGUCGACCAAGAAACUGCUGUGAGUGGGGGUCUGGACUCGGUGGAGACGGUCAUGAGCUUUGCGGCCACUCUUGUGCCUCUGCUGUUGGAAGUGUGGGUUGAGGCCAGCACCACUGACUGCCCCUGGAAAAACACAGACGGUGCUCACCUGCUCUCCCCAGAUGCCAUGUCCGUCAUGUUCCAGGUCCUCUCCAUCCUGCAGCUGUUGAGAAAACUGGCACCACAGCAGGAGAACCAGGAUGCACUGGACGCAUGGUUCCGCAAAGAAUACCUAGGUGACUUUAAACAGCACUUCAUGAAGAACUUUCCUUAUGAUGCUCGGGACACACCCAAACAUAAAAAGAAAAUUGAACUGAAAAGGAGUAAGCAGACGGCAACCAUCCCCACUGCGGCCGUGGAGCCCCUGGCCCUGAACAUCACGCUCUGCCAGGUCAUGGUGUCGCUGUGCCAGAAGCAGGGAGCCAGUCGAGAGGCGGACGGAGACUGGCUGACACCACUGAGGACAUUUGUCCGAGACACGCUGGGAAACGGGGUGAAACUGAGCUACAGGCAGCUGCACAUGCUCCUGGGCACCGUGUGGAAGAUAGUGCUCACUCAGAAGAGCAAAACAAUGACGGAGGACCUGCUGGCAGCGGUGUAUAUCUACUACAAGCAGAAGAACCUGCCUCUGCAGACACGAUCUCUGCUGCUGUCUUUUUAUAGCAAACUGUACCUGCAGGAGCAGGGACAUGCUCACAUAGCAAGGAGCAAGGUGCUGUGCCGCUGGCUGGCCUCUCUUCCGGUCCAGUUGUCUCAGCUGGGCCACCGAAACCCGUCUCUCUCUGCAAAGCUCAUCAUUUCCAUCCAGGCUGCAGCUUCUCGAGGCAACAAGGACCUGCUCUGCAGCCUCCAAGCCCACGCCUGCAAGCUCUACGACCCACAGGAAGGGGUCGUGGUGCUGCUGCCCGCCGAGUCCCAGCAGCGAAUGGUGCAGCUGCUCUACUUCCUCCCCGAGAUGCCCCAGCCUCUUCUGGCCAACCUGAGCUGCUGCUGCAGCGCCGGACGGAUCUCUGCCGGCCUCGCUGCCUCUGUGAUUCGUAUCAUACAGCUUAGGUCGUCCCUGAGUGGCUGGUCGGUCGGGAGCCAGGAACCCGCUCUGCAGGAUGUGGACUACAUCAGCUUCCUGUUCUCCACGCUGGCGGGCUUCUCCUCCGAAAGCCUGGCCAACCUGCAGGAGGCCGAGGACGCCACAAGCCCCUCCCCUCUCUCGCCCCUCCACCUCUACCCCACCCCGCUGGAGCAGUUCACCCACCACUGGGACAUCGUCGAGGAGGUGUGCCACUGUCUGGAGACUCUGGGUUCAAAGUCUCAGUGCUUCGAUAUCCUGCAAAAUGGCAUUUGCAAGUAUUUGAUGAAGCUGGCAGUGGUUCCUGACAGUAUGGCAGCCGGACUGCUCAGAGCCGUGUCCAGACUGCUGGAUCUGUCCGCCCUGCCUUUGGAGCCGGUGCUGCGCUUCCUGUCUCACUGCUGCCUCAGUUUGCUCGCUCUGCUCGUCGCCCUGCAGCAGGAGGCGCCGGCUGAAACCAACCACAAGAGGGAGGCGAUCUGGGGCGCCUGCGUCACGGCGCUCAGCACGGUUCCCCGGAUGCUGCGGAUGGUCCUGCAGUUGCUGCGCGUCGGCAACCUGCACGAGGAGGAGCUGCCGCAGCUCGGACAGAUCCUCUCCAUGCUGCUGCAGCACACGCCGCUCAACAACCACCUCCUGGCCAACGCCGCCCUGCUUCAGGAGAUCAUCCAGCACCUCACGAGGUAUUCCCGAGGCGCCACCAGGGAGCAGUGGCUGCGAGACCUGCUCUACUCUUACAGCGUCACCGUGGCUCACGGCUCCUCCGCUCACCGUGGAAAUCUGGGCCUUCGAGACAUGUACUAAGGGACGCAACAACAAACAAGUACCCGGUGUGUUUCUCAGUUCACCUGUU